AUGUCUUCUCAAAUUAUGUUCGACGAGGAUCCACUUGUGUGGCAUUUUGCUAUGCAAGGCGAAGCGGACGAAGCCUUGCUUGGCGAUGAUUCCGACCCGGAGCCCGCCGUUGAUUUGCUCUAUCUGCGCAUCGCAGGCAGGCGCCCUGUUGUCUUGCUACGGGAUACCGCCAAGGAGUUACUGGAAGACAAAGCGCCUGAUAAUGAAAGCAAGCGGGUUUCUGCACGACGUCGUGCAGAGGCGAGCCAGCUUCCGGAUCGUUACAUGCAGCUAAAGCAUGACCUCAUCAGCUCUUCCGCUGCUCCGUUUCGACGCGACAUAGAUGUGAUUCUCUUUACACAUGAGACGGAUGCCGAAUUCGUAAAGGAGAUGAGCGGAUACUACGGCACUCAGCUGGAUGCUAUCGGAAAGGUCAUGUUUGAAGGCUCCUCGUGGGAUGACCUUGACGCAUGUUUGGAGCGGAUGGCGGUAUUCAAAAAUGUACACACGAUCUCUGUAUGGCUAGAGAGCGACCGAUUCGUCGACAACCCCGAAAGCAUGACAAGAGAAGACUAUGUUGCCAUGGCGCUCGAAUUUGAGGCAAGAGACAAACGCAUGUUGAAGGGUCGCAACGUAACGGUAGAGUACAUCGACUACGACGGAACCGUCCACGGAACAUUUCGGACCGGCGGCUAA